CAUACUUAGCAGCAAUAAAACACAAAGUGAGUCAGCAAGCGUUCUUGUAGUGUUUUUGGUAUCAUCAUUUGUUCCAUUCCAUGGCUUCCGAGAAAGAAGCUGCUCUUGCAGCCACUCCCUCUGAUGCUCCCACCGUAUUUGACAAGAUCAUCAAUAAGGAAAUUCCUUCUACUGUGGUUUACGAGGAUGAUAAGGUUCUUGCCUUUAGGGACAUAGCUCCACAAGCUCCUGUCCAUAUUCUAGUCAUUCCUAAAGUUAGGGAUGGGUUAACUGGUCUAUCCAAGGCUGAGGAGAGGCACUGCGAGAUUCUUGGCCGCCUUCUAUACACUGCUAAGCUGAUUGCAAAACAAGAAGGUCUUGAUGAUGGCUUCAGGAUUGUAAUUAAUGAUGGGCCAAAUGGGUGCCAAUCAGUUUACCACAUUCAUGUGCAUGUCAUUGGGGGACGACAGAUGAACUGGCCCCCUGGCUAAAAUGUGAAAAGAUUCCUAGUGAGCCACUGAAAUACUAAUACUACUACCCUGCCUAUUCAAUCUAGCAAUAAUGGUUUUAAGUGGCUUAGAAAGAAAUUAACUAUGAUGAUGAGUUACAUGAACUACUAUGUUGAAUUUGUGUAAAACUAUACUACAAAGUUGUUUCCGGAUUAUGGUUGUUAAUGGUGUUUCCUAUGGCAUGUUAUAAUUGCUGCUACACCAACAUUGGUAGCAUAAUGUUUGUGGAUAGCUGGACACUUCUGUGCCCAUUUUGUGUGUGUUUUAUUUGAGAGGU